UAUGUUGCUAAUAAAUACAUUAAAAAACAGGUAUGAUCUCAUUCAAAAUUGAUUUUCAUAAUCCUUUGGUCAUGCGUAUUACAACAUUACAGAUGUAAUUAUUUUUGUACAUUGUGGUUUAAAUCUUUGAAAAUCUGAGAGGACAUGUCAGUGGGAAUGAUGUGACCUAUCUGAUGAAUCACCUUGCAGUCCACGGCAAUGAUUGGCUAGUUACUAACAAAGAAUUGCUUAAAAAGGUGAGUAUUAGAGUCAGUUUUCAAGACAGCGAGUGAAAGGGUAUUUGUUUCGAACAGACCAUCAAUCCAUAAAACAACUGGUACUUGCAAUUUGCAAGAACUCAAUUUGAAAAAUGAAGUUUAUGGUUUUUCUAGUUUGUUUCUGCAGUGCAAAUAUUGUCUGCCAAGUUUAUGGGCGGGAUAUAUCUGCAAGCAAAGAGAAAUUAGGACUAAACAGAGGCAUGGCAAAUGGAUUAAACGGAGGCAUGGCAAAUGGGCUGCCUCAGAUGCCACAGGUAGUAUCCGGUGUACCAUUAUUAGUUUUCCAACAGCCUGGUGUUCCUAAUGGUCAACAAGGUCAAACAGGUCUACCCCUCACACCUCAACUGAAUCCUAAUCAGUUGCCUCAGCAGGCACUUGAUAUGCCACAGCUUCAGGGGCAGCUACUUCAGCUACCUAAUGGGAUGCUGACUCAGUUAGGCUUUCCUCAACAACCUGGAGUGGGUCUGCAAUACUAUGUUGUAUUACCUCAAUCAAAUCCAGCAGGAGUGCAGCAACCAAUGAACCCGGUCCAACAGCAGGUGCAGUUACAGGGUCUGCCAGUCAAUGUUGGAAACUGUAUCCAACAACAAGCAAUCGCUCAGGCAGCUGCAGUAGCACAGGCACAGGCACAGGCAGCAGUGAAACGAGUCAAGCACUCAGCAUCUGGAAUGGCUCAUCCAGUUAGAGAGCCAGUUCCUGGAACUGGAAUGCCAGCUGUCACUGGGGAAGAAACACAGGUCUCCUCAGGUUCAAUAGCUACUGGGCCUGCUUUAACUGGUGAAGCAUUAAACCCAUUUUCAGUCUAGGCCCAGUUCACACUGUGUGUAUUGGGAAGCCUGCUUAAACCAAGGUGAAAAUAUGACAGGCCAUCUUAAACAUACUGACAUUUUGGGGCUUGGAUGUUUUAUGAAACAAAAUAUUAUUAUCUGCUAUUCUAAUUGCAUGUUGCCAGACGAGUAAUUAAACCAAAAUGUAGACUGUGUAGAAGAUAUGAAGUGAUUGUACAAGAAUGCAGUUCACAUUUUAUGGUUUCUACACAGAAUUACAAUAUAUGUGAAAUAUGCUUUCAUUUGUGUAACCAUCUAAUUAUCCAUGUAUUACAUAUUGUACCUUUUUUUCUUUCAUGUUUCUAAUUGCUUACAUUAUAAUAAACAUGCUUUU